UGUAUCAGCUCAGAGCAUUCGCUCUUCAGUGGCUUCGUUUACAGCACAAAGUGCAGAGUGUGGGUGACUGGUGAUUCAUCACAAUGAUCUGGUACUUUAUUUAACAUUCACCCAGACAAAUUAACAGGUCAUUUCAGAGAAUCUGUCAAAUAAAAUGGAAGCGCUCGAAACGUCUAGAUAGCAAUCUCUCCAGUCGUUAUUUAAAGGAGCCAGAUGCCUUUCACAUGAAGUGUUCUGUGGGACCGAGCUGGGUUGCCUUUAACUUGAUUGUUCUGCUAUGGGGUAGAGCAGCAGGAAUAGAAACCUGCACUGGGGGUGCUGCUUUCUCUGUGCCUGGGCCGGUAGUCCAGCUAGGAACAAACGUCACAGUAUACUGCACCUUCAAAAAGUCUAUUAUUGGAUGCAGAACAGCAAUUUACCAGGAUUCAAAUGAGAUACGCGAUUGUCGACAAUACAAUUCCUCUACCAUUUAUUUGGAGAUUGCAAACUUGCAGAAGCACAAGGUGGCGUUUGCCUGUAAAACAGAGUGCAAUUCGUUCUCACGCUUGAUCUGUGGGAUUGAUAUUAAAGCUGGAUACCUGCCUGACCCCCCCCAGAACCUGACCUGCACUCAGAAUGGACAGCUCGGGGAUGUCACAUGCACUUGGGACAAAGGAAGGGAGCCUUACAUUAAAACCAUCUUUCACUUAAGGAUGAACAAUAAGACUCAUGACUUGAAUGGGAUCUGUGAUGACCCUGGCUCUGGAUCUGUGUCUUUUCAUACACUCAAUGCAGAAUCUGUCUACACAGUCUGGGUUACAUCUUCAAAUGCACUGGGAAGUGCAUCUUCCCCACCUCUUAACAUCACACUCAAUGACAUAGUGAAGCCCCAUCCUCCGGUCAUCACUUUGUUUAACUGUGCCUCCUCUGAUUGCACGCUGCACUGGGAGGCUGCACAGAACUGCCAGCUCCUGGAGGUCAGGGACAAGCCCCUGAGCCACAGCACCUGGAAACAUCACACUUUGAACGUGACAGUCGACAGAUUCACUCUGCCUGGUCUGCAGCCCUUUACAGAUUAUCAGUUCCAAGUGAGGUGCAAGCUGAGCCACACUAAAGGCAUGUGGAGUGAGUGGAGUGAGCCAUUCACUAACAGAACACCGGAAGCCGUGCCUAUAAAAGAGCUGGAUAUUUGGUUUGUGAUGGAAACCCCAGACCCGAACUCCCUCACCCUUGUUUGGAAGAAGCUGAGCCAGUCUGAAGCAAGAGGACAAAUCCUGGGGUACAACGUGACAUCUCCUUUUCCAUGUGAGGACCAGAUCCCUGUAGACCUGCCAGACUACCAGAACCACCUCACUGUCACCAUCUCUCACUGCAUCCUUACACUGUCAGCCUUUAACUCCAGAGGAAACUCCCCUCCUACAAACAUCAGCAUACCUUUCCAGACAGGUUUUCCUGCACCAGGAAAUGUAACCUGUAUGCGUCACUCUAACGAAGGCAUUGUGGUUAAAUGGAGGCCUCCAGUAAACGAAAUCCUGGGCUUACGAGGAUAUGUAGUGGAGUGGUCUCCUACCCAGGAUAAACUGGACCUCGGCUGGACAAGACUCACUCAUGACAAGCUUUCUACGGUCAUAUCAGUGAUGAAACCCUAUGCUUGCUAUAAAGUUACGGUGAAUGCACUUUAUGAUGAAGGUGUUGGGAAGGCUGGAUUUGUGCAUGCAUACGUUAAACAAUUAGCUCCAACAGAAGGCCCCACGGCGUCUAUAAACCACAAGAGUAGUACAACGGUAACUGUGCACUGGCAGCACCUUCCAGUGGAACACCGCAAGGGCUGCAUAAGCAGCUACAGCAUUUACUUGAAAAGUCUCGACUCAGCGCACCUGCUAGUGCAUGGACCUAUUGAUGCCUCGCACACUAACUAUACAAUCAAUGGGCUGAAGCCUGGGGCCACCUACCAGGCUUGGAUGACUGCUUCAACUGCUGCUGGCGAGGGACCGAAGAGGGAGUUUGAAUUUACUGUCACUCCAGAAGAAAACCCGCUUGUGUUGUCUUUGACGGGUGCCACAUUAAUUUUCUUUCUGGUUUGGCUGGCUUUGCUGUGUAUUUGCUGUAACUCAGCAGUAAAUCAAAGGAUGACACUUCUCUGUUCCCGCUUCACACCUCAGUGGUACACGGGUCACGUUCCAGACCCUGCCAAUUGCAAAUGGGCUCAAGAAUACGCUGCUGUAAAGGGGCAGAUGAAGCUAGUUUACGACCUGCAUCUGAGUGACUCCCUGUCCAGCUGUGAUGAGCCUGACACUCUUGAAGUCGAGGAAGUGUCCGAGGACAGCGACUCAGCCCCCGAAGAUCUCGUCAGUGACAAUGGAACCGGUGCUCCAGCAGAGGAAAAGCAAGCAGGCAAGCCAACCAUGUUGCCAUGGUGCAGACCAGCGGAUCUGGCAAUAUAUAAACACCAGCUGCCUUGCGCAUAUAUCCAAAGUGUGUCACAAGAGUCUGACACUAGCGUGCAGACACCAGAAUCCUGUAACACUGAGAUUACUGUGGAUUACAUACCUUCCAACGUGUUACACAUGGGCUCCAGCGAAGAGGAAACCUGCGACUUCUUUGAUGACUUCGCCCCUUCUUUCCUCGGAAACCUGUUCUCAAAACCUGAAGGGACACUCACUUUGGAUGCAGUGAAAAUAGACUGCAGUUCCUUCUUGGAUUGAACUACCUCACCUUCGGUUAUACUGUAAUUAAAUUGUACUAACUAGAACUAGAACUCAUUUUCUACAGCCUGCAUUGCAAAUUAGUAAUGGUGUUAUUUUUGCUUCAUAACAAUGUACUAAAAUCAUGCAGCGAUGUGUGUGCAAAGGGGAAAACUUUAAGACAUAAAAGGAUAGCAAUUCAAUGCAUGUUGCUGGUGCAUGGCAUGAUGAAUACUGUUCCAACCAGUGACAGUAACAUGAAUGCUAACCACAAAAUGUGGAUGCAACACAUUUUCACAUAAUCACUUCUUUAUAGGAAUCAGCUACUUGGGAUACAGCCAAUAAGAGGUUGAAUCUUGAUCACAGUAAUGUCAGGAGGCAAUUUAGAGAUUUAAAAAAAAAAAAAAUGUAAGCCACUCCACAUUGUUAAUCCCUGGUGUUGGCGUGCAAAACCCAGUCUCUCAGGAAAAGCAUGGUCAUUAAAGUUUCAUUCAGUAUUUCUAAAUUUACCACCUUGGAGUGUUAAUAGUUACGGAUGGAAUACAAGGAUAUAAACACCACAUUACACCCAGAUCUCAGUAUCAUGUUAAAAAAAAAAAAAAACUGUAUCCAGUAAAAUCAUAAUCUUAGGAACAGACCACAUAUUCUACAAGCAUGGGGAAUUUGAGACUGACCACAUUUACACUCAAGUCUGCAUGGCCAGUUCCAACUACAUUCCAGGCCCAACAGCCAAACAUCUUUACACCACACAUACACAUACAUUCUGAAGUGCUGUUGUGUGUUAUCGUUUUUAUCUUACUGUAACAAUAUUCUACUUCAGUGUAGGAAACCAGCCGGGAAGACACACUGUAGUACAGGAAGUUCAAUGUUCACCUUUUCUUGAACAGCCCAUUUGGGACACUUGUCAUAAAACAGCCUUCAAAGAUUAUGAGCACCAAUACAUUUAACAUUUUAAAACACAGCCAAAUAUAUUUACUUCCCGUGCCAGAAUGCUUUCUAGUUUAGUUAUCCAUUUUCAAAGCGUUUCAACAAGGUCAGUCAAAUGCAGUCGUGGAAACAAUAAAAGGAGACCCUCAGUAACUUGCCAGUGUGUUCCAUUGAGAUAGUCUUACACCUUCACGUUUAGGGCUGUUUUUGCAUGGUUAUUGUUAAAAACGAUCCUGUAAUCCAGCUGUUGAAAGUGCCAGUUUUUUUUGUUUCAUGCAAACUUGAUUAAACCCCUGGUGCAUCAAGCACCAAUUUGUAUGUACACCACAGCUUGACUGUAAUCCAGCAAAUAGCAUUUCUGCUAAAAGGGCUCAAUAUCACAGAUAAACCCUGCCUUUGACAAGCCUGAUCUGAACUAAUUAUAGGUGGUUCACAUAAUGCCCGAUACUGCUCCCCGAGGUAUUGAUUAAAUACACUUUUACAGGAUAGUUAUACAGGGUGGAUCCAAAGUCACUUAACCAGAUAUGCAGAGAAGAAAAAAACCUGUGCUGGAGAGUAAGACUGUUCACACUGGGUCCGUUCAGAGGAUUUGAUAUUGUUCAGUACGUUUGGUAUGAAAUGUGAAGAACAAAGUCCGCUUGGGAAACAAACCGUACCGAGAUUGGUUUGCUUCCUAAAUGUGACCAACAGCUGGACUCGGUGCUUUUGCACAUAGGAAACAAACUAUACAAGAUAAACCGACUGGGAAGUAAACAUUUUGCGGCUUAGUUCAUAUUCUGAGAUAACAAGUACAGCAAAAAACUAAAAAUGUAUCGGAGAAUUACAUUAGGGUUACCAGACAUCCUGGGAUUAAUUUAAGGUUUUCAAUGGAGACUCGGAAAGUUUAGCGCUAAUGUGCACUUUUAAUAAACAGCACAGUACAAAAACACAUUUAACGAACAAGACAGCACAAGGGUCAAAAGGGCUACAAAAACACACUGACAUAGACAACACAGCAACACAUCCCUCCACCUUUCAAAUAUUAACUCUAAUAUUAACACCCAUGAUCACCCUUUUUAUACAUCUGUGGCUGGGGUUACAGGGAGAAAUUUAACCCCCUCCCUGCUCACCCAUAUUCCCCACACCCACACACUUCAUAGCAGGGCUUUCACGCAGUCAGAAAGUGUUAAUCGUCCCGGUUUUGCUAUUGUAUUUAUAUAUAUUUUUAAGU